ACACGCGCUCUCACACACAGAGAAAAAUCCUCUUGCCUCUUGAUUUAUGGAAACAAUUAUGAUUCUGCUGGAGUAUUUCUCAGCUGAGAAAUAGUUUGUAGCUACAGCAGAGAGGCUCCAGUUGCACAGGGCAGACAGCAGACAUGGAAUUCUUGAGUAUCCAGCUGUUAUAAACAGAACAAAAGUCAAAUAGAGAUCAGCAUUGCAGCAACUGGCCUUACUACAACAUGUUUUUAUAAGGAUAUAUGAACAGAAAAUUACUUGAGGAGGAAUCCGACAUUGCCAUCAGAAACUAAGAGGAUAAGGGUUAAUAGUCUGAGAAGAGCAACUACUCUUUUAAAUCAAUCUACGGCUUGCAGAGUGGAAAAGGUCAAUGACCUAGGAGUAAGCAUCAACUCAAGAUUUAAUUUUCAUUAUGUUAUUCAUGAACACCCGGAGCACUACACUAUAAUGCACAAAUGGGUACUGACAUGGAUCCUGCCAACUUUGCUCUACAGAUCAUGCUUCCACAUUAUCUGUCUAGUGGGCACUAUAGCUUUAGCUUGCAAUGACAUGACUCCAGAGCAAAUGGCUACAAACGUGAACUGUUCCAGCCCCGAGCGACAUACAAGAAGUUAUGAUUACAUGGAAGGAGGGGAUAUAAGAGUGAGAAGACUUUUCUGUCGAACACAGUGGUAUCUGAGGAUUGAUAAACGGGGCAAAGUGAAAGGAACCCAAGAGAUGAAGAACAAUUACAAUAUCAUGGAAAUCAGGACAGUGGCAGUUGGAAUUGUGGCAAUCAAAGGGGUGGAAAGCGAAUACUAUCUUGCAAUGAACAAGGAAGGAAAACUCUAUGCAAAGAAAGACUGCAACGAAGAUUGCAACUUCAAAGAAUUAAUCCUGGAAAACCAUUACAACACAUAUGCAUCUGCUAAAUGGACACACAGUGGAGGAGAAAUGUUCGUUGCCUUAAAUCAAAAAGGGGUUCCUGUAAGGGGGAAAAAAACGAAGAAAGAACAAAAAACAGCCCACUUUCUUCCUAUGGCGAUAACCUAGUCAAUGUAUGGUAUAUAAGAAACCAGUUUCAGCAGGGAGAUUUCUUUAAGUGGACUGUUUUCAUUUCCUUUUUCUUCUUUCUUUUUUUUUUUUUUUAAGUAACCGAGAAAGGCUGGAAAACUACUGAAAAACUGAUCAAGCUGGACUUGCGCAUUUUUGUUUAUUUUAAGAGACUGCAUUAAAGAAAGAUUUGAAAACUAUACACAAAAAUUAGAUUUAGUAACUAAGAGUUGUAAAAAGUUGUAACUGGUUGUACAAUCAUGGUGUUAGUAAUAGUAAUGUUUUUUUCUUAAAUUAAUUUACCCUUCAGAGUAUGUUAGAUUUGAUUAUCUGAUAAUGAUUAUUUAAAUAUUCCUAUCUGCUUAUCAAAUGGCUGCUAUAUAUAUAUAAUAAAUAAUAAUAAUAAUAAUAAUAAUGCAGAUGAUGUUAUAUAAGGU